UGACCGAAUGUUUUAUUGUUGUAGUACACUUUAUUUGUGUGCUGACUACGUAUUGCUUGCACUAUAUAUACCCCUCCUAUGCUUCACAAAUCACAAGUCCCUUGCAAGUUCCAUAUAUUUUACUUCUCUCUCUGAAUUCAGAAAUAGAAAGAAGAAUAUAAUGGGUGUUCUCGACCAUUUCUCAGACCUGUGCAGUGUUUCCAGCACCAGGAAGAGCAGGAGGAAGCCUUUUCAGACUGUGGAUAUUAAGGUGAAAAUGGACUGUGAUGGUUGUGAAAGGAGAGUGAGAAGUUCUGUCUCUUCCAUGAAAGGUGUGAAAUCAGUGGAAGUAGUCCGCAAACAAAGCCGUGUGAGUGUGACCGGUUAUGUGGAACCACACAAGGUCCUGAAAAAAGUACGAAGCACCGGAAAGAGAGCAGAAUUCUGGCCUUACAUUCCAUAUAAUCUGGUGACUUAUCCUUAUGCACCUCAAGCCUAUGACAAGAAGGCGCCAUCCGGAUACGUGAAGAACGUUGCUCAAGCGCUCCCCAGCCCGAAUACUCCUAUGGUGAAAUACACAUCACUUUUCAGUGAUGAUAAUCCUAAUGCAUGUUCAAUCAUGUAGAAAGUUAGAUAGUGAGUUAUCAAGUGCUUAAAUAUAUAGCUUUCGAGUUAUAUCAGCUGAAGCAUGCUUGAUACUAUGAUCUGAGGAAGUAUUGUAGUUGUUUAGAAUGAGUUGUGAGAUUAUGCUUGUAAUCUGUUUAAGUAUUGGUAUUAUAUUUGAGCUUGAAAAGAAGACAGUCCCUCAGAUAUAUGUUGCCUCUUA